UUGGGGGGCGGAGCUUUGUGCCGCUCGGCAGCACAGCGGGAGAAAAUGGCGGCCGUGGCUGCGGAGCCAGGAGCUGCGGCGGUUCACCGCGCGACAAUAACCGACGAGGCCCCGUCGGAACCGGGCCCGGGCGAGACGGGACGCCCCGGAGCUCCGCCGGAGCCCGACGGGACGGCCCCGGUGCCAUCCGCGUGCCACCCGGAGGACGAUGGGGAGGCGGAGGAGCGCCGCCAUGUCAGGCCGGAGCUCGAGUCCGCGGCGGGAACAGCGCGCUGCGAGGACGACCCGGACCGGCUCUGUCCGGGGGCCCCGGGGGACUCGGAGGGGCUGGAGCGGCUCUCUGCGGGGGUCCAGGGGGACCCGGUGUCGGUGCCAGAGCCCUCCCCCUCCUCCGCCGUCUUCCUGCUCUCCUUCCCGGCGCCGCCGCCCCCGACCGAGGCCGGACUGUCCCUGGACGAACCCGCCGAGCCCUCCACCAGCGACCGGGCCGACACCUGGGACAGCACCCGGGACACCAGCCGGGACAGAGGCUACACGGCCCGCGGUCCCCCAGAGGACCCGGAGCUGGUCUACAGCCGCCCCUCGGCGGGCUCCGAGGAGCCGCGGGGCCGCUCCCCACCCUGCAGGCCGCCUGGGGAGGAACGGUCCCGGCCGGAGCUCGGAGCGGGGCCCGGAGCCGGGUCCGGCUCCCCGCAGGACCCAUUGAGUCCCGGGUCCGAGGUCCGGGUCUGCCUGGACCACGUCAUCGAUGACGCGCUGGUGGUGUCUUUCCGGCGGGGGGAGAAGGUGUUCUCCGGGGUCCUGAUGGACAUCUCUAAAAGGUUUGGACCGUACGGCAUUCCCAUCACGGUGUUUCCCAGACGGGACGACCGGAGUUCGCCUCAGAUGUCUGUGCAGUUGCCCCUGGUUAAAAAUGUCGACCCAUCAACCAAACAGGAAGAGCUCUCUGUGAGCCCUGCGUCCUCACCCCAUCCUCACCCCUGGACCUCCAAACCCCCGCCGCUGUUCCAGGAGGGGGCGCCGUACCCCCCUCCUCUGUUCAUCAGGGACACCUACAACCAGGCCUUACCUCAGCCACUGCCACGCAAGAUCAAACGGCCGAAACGGCGCUACCGCUGUGAGGAGCCCACCUCCAUCAUGAAUGCCAUCAAGCUCCGCCCCCGCCAGGUACUCUGCGAUAAGUGCAAAGGUGUAGUGGCGUCGGCGGGGCACAGGGAGUCACGGCGGGGCACAGUGGAUCUGAGGAGUGAGGAGGUGUCACGGCGGCGGCGACCAGCAGAGGGGCCGAUUUCCUCCGAGGUCAAACGGCUGCGAAGUGACGACAAGGGGGUGCGUCCCGCCGCAGACAGACGCUCUUCAUCAGGGAUACGUGUGUCGUCUUCAUCAUCUUCAUCUCGCCGCGUCCUGAGGGGCGUGGCUACAUCUUCGCCUGCCCCAUCCAGCCGCAUGUGUCUGAAUCUGAACUCUAAGAAAGUUCUGGCCAAAGGCUCGACUGUCGAUCGCUCCAAGGCACGGCAGGUUCUCAAGAAGCUGGCAAGGAAUUCACAGCCACCGCCACCGCCGCAUCGCCGGCCAAAAGACCAGAACCAGAACCAGGGUCAAAACCAGGACCGCACCAAGGCUGUGACCCGAGCCGCUGCCCUGCAGAACCACAACCAGAAGGUGCACUUCACUCGCCGCCUGCAGCACCUCAGCAGCGCCCCCGUCAGCUCGACCUCCCACACGGUGCUUCCGCCCAGAAUGCGCCUCAAACCACAAAGGUAUCGUACCGACGACAGCCAGGCACCCUCCUCCUCCUCGUCCCCGCCUAAACAGAGCACUCGCUCAUCGCCUCCCAAACCUGUUUUAAGCCCUGUCCCCACUUUGAAUCCAUCCUCACCUGUAGCCCCGCCCCCUCCCUCAACCACAGCUCCUCCCCCGGCAUCCCCCUCCUGUGCAGCCAGUGUUGCCGUGGACACACAGGAGAUCUGCACUCCUGGGGAGGAGGGGGCGGAGCAGAGAGAGGGAGCGGCGCCUCCUCCUCCCUGCGCCUCCUCCUCCUCGUCCUUAGAAUCCUCCCACUCAGAGUGCAGCUAGGAGGCCUUGGAACCCCCCCCUGGGCCCCCCCCCUCCCCCCCCCCCCCCUCCUCCUUGUUAGGGCCUCGCUGUCCAUCCUCUUCCUGUCCCUCCUCCCCUCUCACUAGAGCUGAUGGCGAGGAUAUGCAGGCUGGCGGCGAGGAGGAGGAGGAUGGCGAACUGAAGAGGCGUCGCAAGUCUUCCACGUCCUCCUCGUCCUCCUCGUCUUCGUCAUCCUCCUCCGUCUUUUCCAAGUUGGUGUCCAAGUGUUUGCUCCCUGACGGUCGGACGGUGUGCGUCGGCGACAUCGUCUGGGCGAAGAUCUACGGCUUCCCCUGGUGGCCCGCGCGCGUGCUCGGCAUCACGGUGUCGCGGCGUGGCGACACGGGGCUGGCAGUGCGGCAGGAGGCACGGGUCUCCUGGUUCGGCUCCCCCACCACCUCCUUCCUGCCGCUCACCCAGCUGUCGCCCUUCCUGGAGAGCUUCCAGUCCCGCUUUGACAGGAAGAGGAAGGGGCCGUACCGCCGUGCCAUCGCCGAGGCCGCCAGUGCCGCCAAACAGCUGACACCAGAGGUCCGAGCGCUGCUCACGCAAUUCGAGACGUAGCGUCAGCUACUGCUGCCCCUGCCCCACCCUUCCAAGCAAGCCCCGCCCAUAUGAGGAAGUGGGAGGAGCUUGUCCCCUCUUUUCAGACUGAUACCCGUCUGUUAGGGACUGACGGUAACAGACAGACAGUGUUUCCUGUUUCUUGUUCAGAGAGGAGGGGCAGGGCUUCUGAGUUACCUGUCACGGUGGGCGGGGCUUAACACCCCAUGUCUUCACUGAGGUCCUCACUUUCAGGCAGGUGUCAGUCGGUGGCAGCGUUUCCCCUCGCCGUCUGUUAAAGGGUCACUAACCCUGAUGAUGUCAUCAAAGGCUAUAAUGAAAGAAACUAUCUAGCUGUGUUAUGGGAAACGUAUGAUGCCGUUACUGGAAUAAAAGUCAGGAAAUCUGCUUUGACCUUUAAGAACUCCUGAAGGUUCAGCUUGAUUGGCUGAAUCACGAUAAUGUCCCGCAUGUACAUCAUCCAAGAUCAAAAGUCAAUGUAAACACUAAAAUUAAGCUUACUGUGGCCAUGCUAACGGCAGCUGAGCUCAGCUGAUUGGUUGAUCAGAAUGAUUGGCUAGUUCAUGUGGCGGCGAGGUGAAGCACUGUGAUGCGCUGACGUGUCACUUCCCUUUUUCUGCUGGUUCUCGUGGUUCUGCUGAAGAACAACAAACCUGAAAGUAAAAUGAUGAAAACUGUGAAACACAAAGCCUUGAUCAAUUUGAGGUCUGAGGUCCUAAACAAGGUCCAGAGCUUAGCGCGAGUAGUCCAGACGGUCUGAGGUCAUUAAUACAAAACUUUAUGGAACAAAAAGUUUCUCCUGGUGCCAAAAUCUGAAGAAAACUUCAAGAUGUUUACUAAGAAUUUCCGCUUAAAGUUAAGAUCUUGAUAAAGUUAAAGUUAUUUACAAAGUGUCUUCAGAUCUACUGAGGACAAACACCGAGAUGACAAACACUAGGCAACAGAGAGUUAAUGAAACUACAGAUGAGAUGGUGCAGGAGGACGUUUGUCCCACCGAACACAACGAUACCACACCUGAAAUAAAGGUGUCCUCACAUUCGUGUCCUCUGGGUGUCCGUAGGCCAGAGAUGUACUGGCUGGUAACGGUGCAUAUGCAUGAUGGCCAUCAUGCAUCCCCCAUGGCGGUUUGAACAUUUCCUUAAAAUAAACAUGACGCAGACAUGAGAUGCACCGUGUCAGUAACCUCUGGGGGGCAGCUUGGAGGCAGAGCGGCUGUGACAAAAGAGACAGAGAGACAGGUCUUCCCCGCUGUCGCUUUUGUCUUUAUCUAGAGGUUUUACUUUCUGCUGCCAUUAUCGCUGCCUUUUUUUGCUUUUCUCAUUACUAACACGAUGGUCACCUCCUCGAGUCUUGCCUAGGGCUGGGCGAUAUGGAAAAAAGUGUUAUCGCUUUUUUUUUCAUAUCAGUCAA